AUGCUGAGCAAGACGCUCAACACUUCGGAUCCGACGGCAGAGAUGACCUCUUCUCCUGAAGGAAAUACUCCAGGCUUCAACGUUCCUCACAUCUAUGCGGAGAAACUACAAAAGAUAAACCAUGACCAUGUCAUUGAGAGAGGACACUCUAUUCCCGAAAUCAAUGAAAAGAGUGGAGUGGCUGAGGAGCUUUUCCAGGGCGAUAUCCUUCUCGCAAAGCCUCACGUUGUGGACGUUUCCAACAAUGCUGGAGACGGAAUUGGGGGUGCCGGCAUUGGGGAAACCAGCCGAAGCAAGCGUCAAGCAGUCACAGAUCCCGAUCUGUUGUGGAAUGACGGAAUAGUGUACUACUACUUCAACGAUUCUAUUAGUAACAAUCUCAGAACGAUUUUCUUGAAAGCAGCGGAAUUGUGGGAGAAAGAUUCGUGCGUCAAAUUUGAGUAUAACGAUAAAGCAACCGAUCGAAUCUUGGUGCACGAAGGGAAUGGUUGCUUGUCAUCAGUAGGAAAAAUAGGAGGCGAGCAGCAAAUAUCACUAGGAGAAGAUUGUGAUUCGUCCCCAUCCGACACCGAAAUCGAGGUUGAGGUUCUGAGCUUUCUGAGUACCGAGGAUUAUUAUAAUCAUGACGGAUGUGUGUACGGUGGUGUAGAAAUCAAGACGAACAAGGACCAACGGCUAACUGGCUAUAGGUUCUGCUCUAAGAGCACAGACGGGACCAGACUCCGUUCUCACACUAAUCGGACUCCUAUAAUUACAUGGGACAGAUGGUUCGGAUGGGAAGUGACUCUAGGCUAUCGUCAUGUUUCGAAAAGCGAACUUCGACCAACUCCUCGAACAGUUCAACCAUUUCCCACUACCACCAGAACUCCUCCUCCGGAUUAUUCUUUCUGGACCUCCGGUAGAGCAGCACACGAAUGUGUGGACUAUCCAACCUGCCCACCUCACGUCAACACUGUUGGGACCUGCAAUGAUCCAUCCCUGGAGGUCUAUUGUCCAAAGUUUUGUAAUCUGUGCUAUACUCCUCGGUCUACCAACAGCGAAAUCGGAGCUCGUCGUUCUCCCACGAACAAAUAA